AUGGCUCUCAGCACAAAGCUCCCAGAUCCAGCAAUUACACUCAGCAAAGAGCUCCCAGAUCCAGUAAUUACACUCAGCACAGAGCUCCCAGAUCCAGUAAUAACACUCAGGACAGAGCUCCCAGAUCCAGUAAUAGCACUCAGCACAGAGCUCCCAGAUCCAGUAAUUACACUCAGCACAGAGCUCCCAGAUCCAGCAAUUACACUCAGCACAGAGCUCCCAGAUCCAGCAACUACACUCAGCACAGAGCUCCCAGAUCCAGUAAUUACACUCAGCACAGAGCUCCCAGAUCCAGUAAUUACACUCAGCACAGAGCUCCCAGGUCCAGUAAUUACACUCAGCACAGAGCUCUCAGAUACAGUAAUUACACUCAGCACAGAGCUCCCAGAUCCAGCAACUACACUCAGCACAGAGCUCCGAGAUCCAGUAAUUACACUCAGCACAGAGCUCCCAGAUCCAGUAAUUACACUCAGCACAGAGCUCCCAGGUCCAGUAAUUACACUCAGCACAGAGCUCUCAGAUACAGUAAUUACACUCAGCACAGAGCUCCCAGAUACAGUAAUUACACUCAGCACAGAGCUCCCAGAUCCAGCAAUAACACUUAGCACAGAGCUCCCAGAUCCAGCAAUAACACUUAGCACAGAGCUCCCAGAUACAGUAAUAGCACCCCACACAGAGCUCCCAGAUCCAGCAGUUACACUCAGCACGGAGCUCCCAGAUCCAGCAAUAACACUCAGCACAGAGCUCCCAGAUCCAGUAAUAACAUUCAGCACAGAGCUCCCAGAUCCAGUAAUAGCACUCAGCACAGAGCUCCCACAUAUAGAAAUAACACUCAGCACAGAGCUCCCAGAUCCAGCAAUUACACUCAGCACAGAGCUCCCGGAUCCAGUAAUUACACUCAGCACAGAGCUCCCAGAUCCAGCAAUAACACUCAGCACAGAGCUCUCAGAUCCAGUAAUUACACUCAGCACAGAGCUCCCGGAUCCAGCAAUUACACUCAGCACAGAGCUCCCAGAUCCAGCAAUUACACUCAGCACAGAGCUCCCAGAUCCAGCAAUAGCACUCAGCACAGAGCUCCCAGAUCCAGCAAUUACACUCAGCACAUAG